AUGAGGCAAAGACCACCCGACAAUCCACCGAGACCGAAUGUGGAUCCACAUACAUAUCAAAAUGUGGUCAACUACACUGGGUUGCUGGAGGAAGCUGAACGUGCAGGCCUCAGUAUCGAGAGUGGACCUGCGAUCCUAAAUCGCUCUUCCGAACGGGAGAACAACGUCGUACCACUAUCCAUGGCUGCCAAAAAGACGAUGCCCGCAAUCCGAGUAGGGGCGUUGUUAGUGAUGUUGAUAGCUUGUGUUUUAGGAGGACAUGUUUUAAAUGCCAAGAAGGGAGGACCAGCUUCACCUCCUAUAGAUCGGAAACAGCCCUCAAGAGAUGUCGAAAUUCAAGAAGGCCGCUCCCCUCCGGUCCCGGAAGUCAUUGGGGACCCUCCUCCUACUGAAGCCCUCCCACCCACCCAAGUCCAGACGCCCGCUACUCAUCUACCCCCCA